AUCACAAGAAGCAUGAGGGAGGAAACACUGGGAAGAAGAAACCGUUUUCUGAACGAACCUGUUUUAAGUGUAACAGAAAAGGACAUAUCGCUAAGGAUUGUACGGAGAAGAACCUACAAGCGAAGGAGAAGACAAAGGAAGCUAUUUGGUAUGGAGAAGGAAGAGUCAACGGCCGAUUCGUGAGGAAGAUCCAGAUUGAUAGUGGAGCAUCUAGAACAGUGGUGGACAGGAGAUUGGUAGACUUGGAUGACAUUGGAGAAGAAUCAAUCAGUGUCACAUUUGGGAAUGGCACGACAGGAGAGUACCCUUUGGCAACAGUCAAAAUCAUGUUUGAUGGAGAGGAGUACCAGGUAAAGGCAGCAGUGGUACAGGGUCUAGCAGAAGAUGUACUACUUGGACGGGAUGUACCACUACACUUACAUAUAGCGAAGCGACUACCUAAGGAGGAGCAGGGAGAGUUAAUGAAGCAGUUAAUCAAAGAACAACAAUUACACCACGAGGAGCAGGAAGGAGCAGUACUAGCAGUAUCAACAAGAUCACAGAAGAAGAAGCAGUCAGUUCCAGAGAAGCAGCAGUCAGUUCCAGAGAAGCAGCAGUCAGUUCCAGAGAAGCAGCAGUCAGUUCCAGAGAAGCAGCAGUCAGUUCCAGAGAAGCAGCAGUCAGUUCCAGAGAAGAAGCAGCCAGUUCCAGAGAAGAAGCAAUCAGUUCCAGAGAAGCAGUCAGUUCCAGAAAAGGAGCAGUCAGUUCCAGAGAAGCAGCAGUCAGUUCCAGAGAAGCAGCAGUCAGUUCCAGAGAAGCAGUCAGUUCCAGAAAAGGAGCAGUCAGUUCCAGAGAAGCAGCAGUCAGUUCCAGAGAAGCAGCCAGUUCCAGAGAAGCAGCAGUCAGUUCCAGAGAAGCAGCAGUUAGUUCCAGAGAAGAAGCAGUCAGUUCCAGAGAAGAAGCAAUCAGUUCCAGAGAAGCAGUCAGUUCCAGAGAAGCAGUCAGUUCCAGAGAAGCAGCAGUCAGUUCCAGAGAAGCAGCAGUCAGUUCCAGAGAAGCAGUCAGUUCCAGAGAGGCAGCAGUCAGUUCCAGAGAGGCAGCAGUCAGUUCCAGAGAAGAAGCAGUCAGUUCCAGAGAAGAAGCAGUCAGUUCCAGAGAAGAAGCAGUCAGUUCCAAAGAAGAAGCAGUCAGUUCCAGAGAAGCAGUCAGUUCCAGAGAGGCAGCAGUCAGUUCCAGAGAAGAAGCAGUCAGUU